AUGUUCUACGAUCUCAAUGUACCCUGGGCCGCACAGGACCGCGAGCUACAACGUACAAUUGCUUUUCUCGACGAAUUAGGAUAUAAUGUCGUUGCUCUCAAUCACACGCUUUCUGGCAAGCUUCCUGGUGAUCUAACCUGUCCCAUACCCCAGACGCCCGACUUUCCUGUACCACCAUCGAUGCGUAUCUUGCGCCGUUGUACACUCACGCUACAUGACCCCUCACAAAAUCACCGCAUAAGCACACUGAGUGCCAAUUACGAUAUCCUUGCCCUUAGGCCUACGGAUGAAAAGACGCUAAAACAGGCUUGUGAAAGCGCUGACUGCGAUAUCGUGUCGAUCGACAUGACACAGCGACUGUCGUACUAUUUCAAAUUCAAAAUGCUAUCCCAAGCCAUAGAGCGAGGAGCGCGCAUUGAGAUUUGUUACGGACCAAGCAUCCUUGCGAAGGACAGUCUUGCACGAAGGAACGUCAUUAGCAAUGUAAUCCAGCUUAUACGCGCGACAAGAGGCAGAGGUAUCAUCAUUAGCAGUGGCGCGACUAAUGCGCUAGGCUGUCGGGCUCCGUGGGACGUCAUAAACCUUACCACUGUUUGGGGCUUGAGUCAAGAAAGAGGCAAAGAAGCCCUAUCUACUGAGUCCAGAAAUCUUGUAGCUUUUGCUCAACUGAAACGGAACAGCUAUCGUGGUGCCGUGAAUGUGGUUUAUGGAGGGGAGAGGCCAAAACCGCAGACUACUUUGCCAUUGGUCUCGAAAGGUUCGAAACAGCAGCAGAACAACAAGCGAAAAGUUGAUGCAGAUUCUGGAAGUACAGAUAAUCCGAUCUCAAAACGUGAAAAGAAACGACGUGAGAAGCAAGCUCGAUUGGAAGCGAUGCCGAUCCAGCCAGAACGUCAGGAAGGAGAAGCCGACUCUUGA